CAUGAUCGCGGGAGCCGCCCGCCCGCUAGGCGCCGGGGGUCGCGGUUGCAGGCGGGCGAUGGGGCCGCUCGUGGGGCUGCUCCUGGGCGUGGGGCUGCUGCGGGCGGCCGCGGCCGGCUGUGGCUACGAGUCCUGCCCGGCCACUAAACCAGAUAUGCUGAAUGUCCACUUGAUCCCUCACACACACAAUGAUGUGGGCUGGCUGAAAACAGUGGAUCAGUAUUUUUAUGGAGCACGCAAUAACAUCCAGCACGCCGGCGUGCAGUACAUCCUGGACUCGGUCAUUCCCCAGCUCCUGGCCGACCCCACUAAGCGCUUUAUCUACGUCGAGGUGGCCUUUUUCUACCGCUGGUGGCGGCUGCAGGCGAACCCAAUGCAGCAGGCGGUGAGGCAGCUGGUCAGCGAGGGGCGGCUGGAAUUUAUCAAUGGCGGCUGGUGCAUGAAUGACGAGGCGGCCACCCACUACAACGCCAUGAUUGACCAGAUGACGCUGGGGCUGCGCUUCCUGCAGGAGACCUUCGGGGAGUGCGGCCGGCCCCGCGCCGCCUGGCACAUUGACCCCUUCGGCCACUCCCGAGAGCAGGCCUCCCUCUUCGCCCAGAUGGGCUUUGAUGGCUUCUUUUUCGGCCGACUGGAUUACCAGGACAAAGCCAACCGGGAGCAGCUGCAGGAGAUGGAGCAGAUCUGGAGAGCGAGCGCCAGCCUGCAGCCACCCGGGGCCGACCUUUUCACCGGUGUCCUUCCCAACGGCUACAACCCGCCCCUGUCCCUCUGCUGGGACCAGUUCUGCUCUGACAGCCCCAUUGUGGAUGAUGUGAGCGAUGAGAAUAAUGUGGACAGCCUGGUGGCGUAUUUCCUGGGAACUGCGGCUGCCCAGGCCAAGCACUACCGGACCAAGCACGUUGUCAUGACAAUGGGCUCGGAUUUCCAGUACGAGAACGCCAACCUGUGGUACAAGAACAUGGACAAGCUCAUCAAACACGUCAACGCGCAGCAACUCAACGGGAGCCAGGUUCACGUGCUGUACUCCACCCCCACCUGCUACCUGUGGGAACUCUUCAAAGCCAACCUGUCGUGGUCCCUCAAAUACGACGAUUUCUUCCCUUACGCUGACGGGCCGCACCAGUUCUGGACAGGCUACUUCACCAGCCGGCCGGCCUUCAAACGCUACGAGCGACUGAGCAAUAACUUCCUACAGGUUUGCAACCAGCUGGAAGCCUUGGCCGGUCCGGUGGCGAGGACAGGCCCCUACGGGGAAGGAGACAGUGCCGUGCUCCGCCGGGCCAUGGCGGUGGCCCAGCAUCACGACGCCGUCAGCGGGACGGAGAAGCAGCACGUGGCUAAUGACUACGCCAAGCGCCUGGCUGCCGGCUGGGAUGCUUGCCAGGUCCUGGUCAGUAAUGCUCUGGCCAGCAUCAGCGGCAACAAGGAGAACUUCAUCUAUUGCAACUACCUCAAUAUCAGCGUGUGCCCGCUGACUGAAUCCGCCGGCACCUUCAUGGUGAUCCUCUACAACCCGCUGGGACGGCGUGUGAGCUGGAACGUCCGGCUGCCCGUGAAAGGAGCCUCGUAUUCGGUGACCGAUCCCAACGGCCAGAUGGUGCCGAAUGAGGUUGUCCCCGUCUCAAACUUCACCCGGGCAGUGAGGCGAGGCCGGGGAGAUGCCACCCACGAGUUGAUCUUCCCAGCCUUGGCCCCUCCCCUGGGCUACAGCACCUACACCAUCUCGAAAACGGCCAACAGGGACCUGCGCUCCAGGCUAGCCAAGCGGAUCCGGGAGCAGGCCCAACCCUGGGUGGACACCUGGUCCCCCAGGGAGUUCCAGAAUGAGCACCUCCGGGUUCUGUUCGACCCGGUCACUGGGCUCCUGAUGGAGAUUCAGAACCUGGACAAAAGCAUCUCGCUGCCUGUGUCUCAGAGCUUUUUCUGGUACAACGCCAGCAUUGGUGAUGACGACAGCGCCCAGGCCUCCGGGGCAUAUAUCUUCCGGCCGAACCACUCCGAGCCCCUCCCUGUGGCUAGGCGAGCCCGCACGUACCUGGUGAAGAACAAGCUGGUACAGGAGGUUUACCAGAACUUCUCUUCGUGGUGCUCGCAGGUGGUGCGGCUCUAUGCCGGGCAGGCCUAUGUGGAGCUGGAGUGGACGGUGGGGCCCAUCCCUGUAGACGACGGGCUGGGCAAGGAGAUCAUCAGCCGUUUUGAGACAUCCCUGCAGACGGACGGACGCUUCUACACAGACUCCAACGGGCGGGAGAUUCUGGAGCGGAGGCGGGAUUAUCGGGCCACGUGGAACCUGAGCCAGACGGAGGCGGUGGCUGGGAACUACUAUCCCGUCAACAGUCGCAUCUAUAUCAAGAACAAGAAGUUCCAGCUGACGGUGCUGACGGAUCGCUCGCAGGGGGGCAGCAGUGUGGCCGAUGGCUCCGUGGAGCUCAUGGUGCACCGACGGCUGCUCUAUGACGACAACCGCGGGGUGGGGGAGCCCCUGCUGGAGCCUGGGGUCUACCAUGACGGCCUGGUGGUGCGGGGCCGGCACCUCGUCUUCCUGGACACAGUGGAGUCUUCGGCCGAUCGGCACCGGCUGCAGGCCCAGCAGGAGUUCAUGGCCCCCCAGCUGGUCCUGGCACCUGGAGGGGGCCCUUCCUUCCACCGGGGGCAGCGCAGCCUCAAGCAGUUCUCUGCUCUGAAGCAAGAGCUUCCCCCCUCCGUCCAUCUCCUGACACUGGCCCAGUGGGACCCCAGCUCCGUCCUCAUCCGCCUGGAGCACCAGUUCGAGAGAGGGGAGAGUGCAAACUGCUCCCAGCCCGUCACUGUUGACCUGCUGCACCUGUUCUCCUCCUUCACCAUCACCUCCCUGCAGGAGAUGAAUCUGGUGGCCAACCAGAAGCGAGAUGCCAUGAACCGGCUCAGCUGGAGGCCAGCCACAGGUGCAGCCAGGCGCCAGGCCUACCCUCCGCUUAACCCGCUGGGAGUCACACUGCAGCCCAUGGAGAUUCGCACCUUCCUGGCCACCAUCCAGUACACGGGCCCCAGUGGGGGCCAGGCUGAGCUGUAGGGGGAAGACAGCCCCCCACCUCCGUCCCAGGAUCAAGCCAUCCAGGUGGAGUCCUGAACUACUGCCCCCCUACUCAGCCAGGUGGGGCCCUGCCCACCUGAGAACUUGACUGGUGGGAAUGAGGGGGGCACAUCCUGGCUGCUGCAAGAGCUAAACUUGCACCUGUCAGGCCCUGCUUUAAGGCAGUGCCAGCUCUGGGGGAGAAGGGAGGGGCAGAGUCCAGUGCUGCCCUCCCCCCCCCCCCCCCCCCAAAAAAAAAAAAACUCCUCCUCCUCAGCACAGCCUCUGAUUUCUACCCACCUGCCCCUUCAGCCUGGGUUGUGUGGGUCUAAGUGCCAUUGUUAAUAAACAAGGACCUCAGGUCUA